GUUCAUUCCGCUCAGUCCGCCGCGGAAACUCGUGGGGGUUGUACGUGACAUUGUCGCUUGAAAAUUACAAUUUGAAAUUGCAUCGCGCCCUAUCUAACCGGUAGACUUGAUUUAAACUAUUAAAAGACAAUUAUAGACGUUUUAAAUAAAUAAAGUAAGAGUCGAGUGUUAAGUUAAUUUAUGUUUGUGUUAUUAUAAGACUUUUUUAGUCAGUGCAAGUGGUUUUUUCGCGAUCUACGCGACUGCACUUUGGUUUGUGUGCUUGGUCAAGUGAAGAGAGACACAAUGAACGGUCUGAACGGUCACAGCAACGGUGACAUGAACGGCGCCGGGGACAUCAUCACGCAGAACCAGCAGCGAGGCUGGUGGACCAUCGGCCUCAUCAACUCGCGCUACCGCUACCUCACCGCCGAGACCUUCGGCUUCAAGAUCAACGCGAACGGCACCAGCCUCAAGAAGAAACAGAUCUGGACCUUGGAGCCUGCCUCGGGGAACGCCAAUGACAGUAUGAUCUACCUGCGCUCACACUUGGACAAAUACCUCGCCGUGGACUCGUUCGGCAACGUCACCUGCGAAUCCGAGGAGAAGGAACCUGGCAGCAAGUUCCAGAUCAGUGUAUCUGACGACGGAACCGGUCGGUGGGCACUACGGAACGUGGAGCGAGGCUACUUCCUCGGCUCCAGCUCAGACAAACUCACGUGCACCGCCAAGGUGCCAGGUGACGCUGAACUAUGGCAUGUUCACCUCGCGGCACGACCACAGGUCAACCUCCGCUCGAUCGGCCGCAAGCGUUUCGCCCACUUGUCCGAGUCCCUGGACGAGAUCCACGUGGACGCCAACGUGCCCUGGGGCGAAGACACGCUCUUUACCCUCGAGUUCCGAGCUGAUGAAGGAGGCAAAUACGCCCUGCACACUUGCAACAACAAGUACCUCAGCGCUGGAGGCAAGCUCCUCGACACGUGCACAUCAGAGUGCCUGUUCAGCGCGGAGUACCACGCGGGAGCCCUGGCGCUGCGCGACAGCGCGGGCGCCUACCUCGCGCCCAUCGGCUCCAAGGCCGUGCUGAAGACGCGCUCCACCGCCGUGACGCGCGACGAGCUGUUCUCGCUGGAAGACAGCUUGCCGCAAGCCGCCUUCAUUGCCGCCCUCAACGAGAAAUACGUCUCCGUCAAGCAAGGAGUGGACGUGACAGCGAACCAGGACGAGAUCUCGUCGCACGAAACGUUCCAGCUGGAGUUCGACUGGGGCACCAAGCGCUGGUACAUUCGCACCAUGCAGGACCGCUACUGGACGCUGGAGACGGGCGGCGGCAUCCAGGCCAGCGGAGACAACAAAUCGUCCAACGCUCUGUUCGAGCUGGACUGGCAGGGCGACGGCGCGGUGGCGUUCCGCGCCAACAACGGCAAGUACCUCAUGACCAAGCGCUCCGGACACCUGUACGCCAACGCCGACACCAUCGACGACAACUGCAAAUACUACUUCUAUCUCAUCAACAGGCCGAUCCUUGUGCUGAAGUGCGACCAGGGCUUCGUGGGGCCGAAGGGCGUGCGGCUGGAGUGCAACAAGGCCAACUACGAGACCAUCCAGGUCAUCCGCGGACCCAAGGGUGCCGUCUACUUCAAGGGUCAGAACGGCAAGUACUGGCACGCGGACAGCGAGAGCGUGACGUGCGACAGCGACAGCCCGCAGCCCUUCCACCUCGAGCUGCGCGAGCCCACGCGCCUCGCCAUCCGCGCCGCCUCGCCCAAGCUGUACCUGGCCGCCGCCAAGAACGGCAACUUCCGCCUCGCCUCGCCCGACCUGGCCGGCGCCACGCACUGGGAGUACUAACCGCUCACCACCCUUCAUCCCCCAAUCUUAUUUAUGCAGAAAAGUUUUUGGGGUCCCCCACAUUACCGCAACUCCCAAAACGGAGUCGACUCUCCAAGAGUUCCGCAAUAAACGCCACGAAUUGGAGGUAAUUACUAAGUUACUGAACAAUCCCCAAUUUCGUUUGAGCCUCUAGAAAAAAAGUUUUUGGAGUCGUCUAAAAUUUCAGCCUUAAUAAAGGCAAGUCCCAAAACUGGAUUAACUACCCAAAAAUCCGCAAAGAAUUUUAUUGUGUCUGGAGUUCAUAUUAAUUAAUAAAUGUUGAUAUUAGCCGAUAAACUGUUCAUUUUUAUUGAGAAGAUUCUUCUUAUACUUAUUGAACAGUUAUUUUUAUAACAUUUUUAACAAAACUAAGUAAAAAACUUUAAAAAAGGGGGACCCUUGUUAUUUUUAAAGAAAGCUUGCAAUUCAUCUGGUAUCGAUUGUCUUUGUGCACUGCCACUUCAUCGACACAAAUAUAACGAUAAAUUAUUGUAAUAAGUGCCAAACUUUAAGUUAUUUUUAUUAAAAAACUAACUUGAAAUUUUUUAACACAUCCAAACUAGAAUAACUGCAUACGAUACUGUUUUUGAUACAUCGAUACCAGAUUUUGAUAUUAAUAUUUAAGAUUUACAAAAAUCAUUUGAGUAAUCAGUGGUUGAAUCUUAUUUUCUCUCAUUUUGUAAAAAAAUACCAACUGGCUACUCAAAUGAAACUUCACAAGUCUCUUCCAUGUGCAAGUGAGCCACAUCUUCCCGGCGAAUGACUUAAUUUGAAUGUAUUUUCUCAAAUUAUAACUUGCGUGCGCGCGUCUCCAGUUGACGCCAUUUUGAAUGAAAAGAUGGCGCCCGAACGACCCAAACAGCUGAUUCCAGGUUGAAUCCGCUGAAAAUGGUACAUAAAUAUAAAUAAAACAGGAAUGUUUGCAAUGCAGGAAGCAUUGUUUUACUACAUUUCACUAAAAAAAAAGUACAGCGUCCACUGGAAGCGCGGCGCGAUGCAGCAUUUAGUAUGGUUAAGGUUAUUUAUCGCGCGCGAGUGCGAAUGUGAUCGUAUAAAAUAUCGCUUGUCUAAUUAAUUAUUACUAUAAUCAUAGAUUAUUUUCUUAAUAUCGGUAGAUCUGCGGAAACGAUUGCUUGAUAAGAAUUAUUUUUAUAUUUUCCUGUGACUCAAUUUAUCGCUUAAAAUAAUAAUUUAUUUUUAAACAGAUAUCGAAAUUUAAUUAAGGCAUUAUCGUAGUAUUGGAAUUUUCGAAGAGUAUUUAUUGGAUAUCGUAGCGUCUAGUCGAAGAAUUUGUAACAGUUUUUGUGUGAAUCCGACGUAUUAUCGGUAGGUUAGUGAACCAACAUCGUGAGACUGAAACCUACGUAAUUUAAAUUAACAGUGAAUCAUUGUACCGUAAUUUAAGUUUUUAACUGGGCUAUUCGCAAUACCAGACGUGCUUCAAAACUGUCUCAUAAUUUCCUCACAAAUUACCAUUUAACUCAUUCCUUUCACCUAACGUGACGAGAUAAUUUCUAAGUUACUGAAUCAUCCGAGCACGAAGUCUGGCUUAAAUAAUGAAUAAGCUAAUUAAGUUAAUGUAAGUAACAUCGGUAUAGGAUUAAGCUGAGUUUACACCGCUCCCAAAAACGUCCAUUCCAAGAUUUUAAACUUAGACGAGAUUUUUUACAAUUUUUAAGACUUUUUACACUAUCUGGUGCACACCCGAGCUAUGGUGGGUGUAAAUGCUGUCUGUGCUUGUGUUUGGGAGGUUUGAGCGAGGUGUCGUAAGUUUUAUGAUAGUGAACAAAACGAACAAUGUACUGCGUAUAAUAUACUGAUCCUAAAUGUUUGUACGAUAACGUCUUUGUAAACUAUUAAUGAAUAAAUUAUAAUCAUAUUGUAAAAA